AUGUGCUUGACAUUGGAACACGUGUUGGAUUUGUAUCUUGUGCGAGUUUGCAAGAGCUGCACUUUAGCCACGAAGAAGAAAUACGCUGGUGAUGGCGCGCAAGCCAAGUUGGCUGUAGUACCAGGUAAGGAACGGCCCAGCGACGGCCACCUGGUGUGA